CGUUGGGGUGGGAAUGAAUCGAGGGUGUGCCUAUGAGGAUAGCAACGAUGACUUUAGGGCAGCCGAGAGAUCAAACCUGAAUGAAUGCCACUGUCUGUGGUGUUGUAUGUGAGGGUUCGUCUUUUUCCCUUUUUCUUCUCUUCCCGAGGAAUAAAAAGAAAAAGAAUAAAAUAAAAAGGGGAGGCUGCACCCGGAUGGAUAAUCGUCAAGAACGAAUCGACGGCAGCCGCCCCCAAGACCGGCACUUCGGAUAUAGUACGGAGUAUCGUGCGUCCUUCGUAUGGUACACGGACCAUGUUGAAUCGACCACACUAAGCAAGGUACAACUGUACCUUACCUUAUGCAGUACCAAACCUAAAUGCGGCAACCUGAUUGGUUGGCUAUGGGCACGGACCACCGCCGCAACACUCCCCCGUAGGCAAAGCUCCAAAACAACUCAAAUACAAAAGCUCGAAAAACGCGUAAAAACGCAAAGAGCUCGAAAACAACGUUAAAAUCCUUUUGUGAGUAUUGUCAGUUGGGCACUUUGAAGACCACAGACUGACUCGUACUCUUUUUCAGUUUUCUGUAGCAAAUCCCACCCGAGAACGAAUACCGAUACCUUCCGACUUUCCCAAUUGCUUGCCGUUGCGGCCGU